AUGAGCGCUGGCUUUGUGACUGCUUCAGGCAAAGGUAUAACAGUAAGUGAAAAAGCACUUGAAAAGGCUCGAGAACUUUUCAGACUUCUCGAUAAUGAAGAUUCAGCGCAUGGCAUUGAAGAAAACGCUCAAGGAACUAGCUUCAAGGCUUUAAAAUCAUCACCUUUACCAUCACUUUGCUAUUCACCACAGAGAAGUUCAAAGCGAAUUGCAUCGACAUUCAAGUCGCCUGUAGUCAAAAAUCCAGAUGAAACUAGAAAUGUCACGCCGAUCAAGUUAUUAACACCUUAUUGUAAAAAUUGGAGAUUGUGCAUCAAAAUUACUUCUGUUGACGAGGCAUUUUUUUUUCUUAGCAAUCAAAUUGAAUUUUUAAUUUUGAGGUUUUAUCGUGGCAGCCAUAUGUUUUCAUUUAUCGCUGUUGAUGAAAGUGGCGUAGAAAUUCGUUUCAGUGCCUUUGGAGAUGUCGCUUGCAAAACUGCUACUUUGAUUCAUGUAGAACAUAUGUAUUAUAUUACACGCGCUUCCGUUAAAAUGACCAACAGGAAAUAUAACCGAAAUCAGCAUGAUAUGGAAGUGGUACUUCAGCAAGACACUGAGAUCGCCGAAUGUACAGAUCGACCGCUUAUUUUGUCACCAAAAGUUAAUUUUGAAUUCGUACACAUUCAAAAUUUGCAAAAUUUUGUCGAUAUGGAAAUAGAUGUAUUAGGAAUUAUAAUUGGUAUCAGUGAAAUGAAACAAUUAAGUUCCAAAAAAGGAGAAGAAUUGCAAAAGCGAGAAAUACAAAUUGUUGAUAAUAGUGGUUACUAUGUUAAUAUAUCUUUAUGGGGCCAGAAAGCUAUCUCAUUUUCGGAGAAGCAUUAUCAGCAGAUAUUGGCCGCCAAAGGAUUGCUUGUACGUUGUUUUCAAGAUUCCUUAUCGUUAGUUUCAUUAUCUAGUAGUAAAUUGUUACUCGAUCCACACUUUAUGGAAGCAGAUAGGUUACGAUUCUGGUAUGCUGAAAAUCGAAAUAAAACAUUUAAUCCGGUGUCAACAAAUCAUAUUCUCUCAUGUAAGCUUGUCUUUGUCAUCCAACUUCAUGAGCACAAAUGGAUUGGACAGCUGAAAUUUUCGGUUAGUGGACAGUGUUUCAAUGUAACUGCAAUGAUUACCUCAAUUUUCACAGAAAAUGCCGUAUACAAGGGCUGUAUAAGUUGCAAGAAAAAGUUGUUGGUUGAAAAAGAUGGUGACUCAUAUAUAUGUUCAAAAUGCGGCAUAUGCAAUGAAUACAAGUACUGCUACACAUUACGUGCAAGUUUUGAUCUUGAUAAUAAUAUGGAGUUGGUCGAUUUUACAGGUGCUGCAUAUGUUACUGUAUUCGAUGAUUGCGCUCAAAAACUGAUAGGGGAAGAGGCAGAUGAAGUUGCCAAGUUUUUAAAAUUUAACGAAGAGAAAUAUCAUUCAUGCUUUAAGAAGGUUCUUUUCAAGCCAUAUAUUUUUCGGCUUGAUACGAAGAAAAGAGGAAACAGAGAUUCUUCGGCAGUGUCAAUGAAAUUAAAGGAACCAUUUUUUUGGUUAGUGAAAGACCUGACUCCCACGCCUUUUGAUAGCUAUUGCACAUUUUUGCAGCAGUCUUUUGAAAAUGCUUGCAGUCGAACAGCUGUGCGAAAAUGAGG